CGCGGCCUCCCGGGACCCAGGCAGGAAGUUCCGUCGCGCGCGUCCCCGUGCCGGUCAGGGCACUUCUGCGCGGACCCCAGGCGCUUCCUUGGCCCAGGCGCUGGGGCCACCCCGUCCUGCAGAGAGCGUUGCCAAGAUCUGGGGGGGCGCGCAGAGACGGAGGGUCUGGCGGCCGCAGACACUACCCUACGACGGGGCUCCGGCCCGGGAGCGGCGGGAACAUGCGCCCGGAGCUGCAGUUUGUUUGGCCGUUGCUGGACUAUGUUUACGCUUCUGAUUCUACUCAGCCGACUGCCCGUAGCUACCAUCGCGUUUCCUCUUUGCACAGGAGGUCCACAGGAGCCUGGGCCUGCGGGGGAAGAAGUAUUUACAUCAAAAGAAGAAGCAAACUCUUUCAUACAUAGACACCUGCUAUAUAAUAGGUUUGAUUUGGAGCUCUUCACGCCAGGUGACCUAGAAAGAGAGUGCAACGAAGAACUCUGCAAUUAUGAAGAAGCCAGAGAGAUUUUUGUGGAUGAAGAUAAAACGCUGGCAUUUUGGCAGGACUAUUCAAUUAAAGGACCAAACACAAAAUCAGGUGGUAGCAGAGAGAAAAUUGACGUUUUGGGCCUUCUGACUGGACUAAUUGCUGCUGGAGUAUUUUUGGUUAUUUUUGGAUUACUUGGUUACUAUCUUUGUAUCACUAAGUGUAACCGGCAAGGGCAUCCAGGUUCUUCAGCUACCUACGUAAGAAGAGGAAGGCAGACUCCCUCCAUCAUUUUCAGAAGACCUGAGGAGGACGUCUUGUUUCCAUCACCACCUCCAGUGGAGGACACAGGAUUACCUUCUUAUGAACAGGCAGUGGCCCUGACCAGAAAACACAGUAUUUCGCCACCACCGCCAUAUCCUGGGCCAACAAAAGGGUUUAGGGUAUUUAAAAAGUCUCUGUCACUCCCACCUCACUAAGCUCACUUUGCCAUCUCGGUGGUAUAGGAGGUUCAUGUUACUUGAAUGGUUCAUUUUUCCUGAACCAUAAAGACACGUCAGUUCAGCCCUUUAGGACAAACUGCAAGAAGCAAAGGAGGAAUAAGCAUGAGUACUACACCACAGAAGUUCUGUUGGCAUCUUGAACCUGAACCUGAUCAUUAUCGACCUGAUAAGAAGCUUGGACUCCAUAUCUUUGCAGUUAAGAAGAGAGCACUUUUUUUCUUGUUUAUUUUAAUGGUUCCAAAAGAAAUUUCCAGUAUGGAUGUCAUAAGUAGCACUGAUGAAAUAUCUGUAUCCUUUGUGUAGAUAAAGGUUGUAGGUUUUUUUGUGUUGGAUAUUUUAAAAGAAUUCGUAAUCAUUAGAUUAUCUUGUCAUAAUAUUGGGCCCACUCUUCAUUAGGCUUUCUUGGUUGCAAAACUUCAGAGAAUUUUGAUAUUUCAUUAUAAAUUGAUGGCCUUAAUAUAAUCACUUGGUCUUAUAUUUUAAAUUAUAAAAUGGCAUUCACCAUAUUUUGCCGGUUUUAGUUGUUAAUUCUUGCCAUCAGUCAUGUUUCAUUAUGAGUGGUAUCAGUAAUUUUCUCUAAAAAAAAAAAACACUUGCUAGGGAGUUAGAUCUUUAGAGGAUGGUAAUAGCAAGGAUUUGCAAGAGUUGUUAUACUAACAAAUAAAUAAACAGGCCUCAAAUCUAGGAGUGGCUAGAAUUUGAUAAAGUUGCCCAUGUUACUAAGUAGAUUACUAACCUAUUUUAUCGUUAAACUAGAGGCCCAGUGCAUGAAAUUCGUACACUGGUAGGGUCCCUAGCGGCUGCCGGCUGCUGGACCUGGGCCUCCCUCCCUUUCCCCGGCCGGCCCGCCCCCUGGUCAAACUCCCAGAAGAACUCCCGUUGAGGGGACAAUUUGCAUACUACGCUUUUAUUAUAUAGGAUUAUCUAUAUAGAACUAUAUAUAAUUGUCUUGAAAAUGUGUUGAUUUUUCUAAAUAAUAGCUUGAGAACCUAGAAAAAGUAAUUUACUUUUCUGCUAUUAAAAUAUAAUAUUGGUUAAAGUUACCAGCAACCCCUUGUAUCUCUUAAUGUCUGGACACAAAACACCAUCUGUAACCAUUUUAACUUAUACUUUAUCUCUCCUUCUAAUCCUAUUUGUGACCAGUCUCUCCUUAAGAAUGUAGUAGAGUUGCCUCAGCCGGUUUGGCUCAGUGGUUAGAGUGUUGGCCCGCAGACUGAAGGGUCCUAAGUUUGAUUCCAGUCAAGGCCAUGUACUUCGGUUGCAGGCUCAAUCCCCAGCCCUGGUCGGGGUGCGUGUGGGAGGCAACCAAUUGAUGUGUCCCUUUCACAUCAAUGUUUCUGUCUUUUCCCCUCCCACUCUCUAAAAAUCAAUAGAAAAAAAUCCUUGGGUGAGGAUUAACAAACAAACAAAAAAGAAUGUAGUAAAGUAUAAGCUAUAAACGUCUGGAGUUAAUCUGUGUGCACAAAUGUAUGUAGGUUGGUGUGUAUGUAUGUAUAAUUUGUUUCCUCCUUGCAGGAGCUCAAGAAAUACAACUCUUACAUGUAAUAAAGAGAUCCAGAAUCACACACAUAAAAAAGAAAGACAAAGAAAAGAAAUAUAACAUACUCCUGAGAAAUAGAAAACUCUGUUCUUUAUGUUUUUACCAGGCAUUGCAUUUUCCUAUUAAAGAUCAUUUGUAAAAUUGUA